AUGAGAUAUUUGCUUCCUGUGCUUGCUGGUGCUGCGGCAGCGGCUGCGGUGCCUUUGGCGCAUCGGGCCUCAACAACAUAUUUCUUCACCUUUGGUGAUUCAUAUACUAUGACCAGUUUCAAUGAUCAAGGCACACAACCAUCGGCUUCGAAUCCAAUGGGCAACCCCACCUUGGGAACUGGAGCAACAGGAGGUGGUAUCAAUUGGGUCGGGUAUUUGACAACUGUGGACAAUGCCUCUCUAGUCCUCAGUUACAAUUUGGCCGUUGGCGGCGCGACUAUUGACAACUCCAUCAUCAACGCUGGUGUUGAGGACAUGACCACCCAAGUGGCUGACUUUCAAGGAACAUACAGCAAAAAGCCAUCCAGUGCGCCAUGGACCUCUAGUGAUGGCGUUUUUGGAUUCUGGAUCGGAAUCAACGAUGUGGGCUGGGACUUUUCGAGCACUAAUGCCAGUGUUAUCGUUCCGGAGUUGAUGGCUCAGUACAAGUCGCUCAUUGAGGAAAUUUACUCCGAUGGGGGACGCAAAUUCCUGUUCCUCAAUGUUCCCUCUGUCAGUCGGAGUCCAUAUAUCCUCGAUCAGGGAGAAAGUGUAUCCGAGCUGCAUGCGGCGUGGACUACUGUCUUCAACAAUGGACUCAGCGCCAUGAUUAAGGAUUUCAAGACCAACCAUAAAGAUGUGGUAACAGUUCUCUAUGAUUCCUGGACGUUCAUGACCGGAAUUCUGGAUAAUCCCACCGCGUACGGAUACCCGGAUGCAACUUGCAUCGAUGACGACGGAGAAAGCUGCGUUUGGUGGAAUAAUUACCAUCCGGGACAGAAGUAUCACAGGUUGCAAGCGGCUGAUAUGAAGAAGUACCUUCAACCUCUGGGUGGAUGGUAG